CACUUCCGGGAUGCUUCGGGAUGAAAAUGACAGCUGCUUUGCUUUCGUCAAAGGGACAUUGAAAGUGGUCGUUAAAGUGUCCUACACAAAGCUUGCUGUAUAUAACCUUCGCUUUUCUGAAAAGCCUGGCAGCUGAGAAGAAGGACGUUUUAGUCUGGGGGAGCCAUCUUUCAACUCAAACCUGCUACUCUCAACAGAACCGGACAGAGAGCAGUGGAAGAGGUCAAAUCAAAGAAAAGUUUCCUUCAGGGGGAGACUCUCCAGUCCAGAAGGACAGAGCAAUGGAGCCACCAGAGUGCAUGCAUGGUCGCACCUUUGUGGAGGUGAUCAGUGAGAAAUACAGUCCGGAGAACUUCCCGUACCGCCGAGGGCCUGGCAUGGGAGUAGUGGUGGUGCCAACUGCGUGUCCCCAAGGUUCCCCUAUGAAAGACCGUCUGAACUUGCCCAGUGUGCUGGUGUUGAAUGGUUGUGGAAUUAGCAAGGCAGGAGACCAGAGUGAAAUUGCUGCCUUCUGUUCCCAUGUCAUGGAGCUGGACCUGUCUCAUAACAAGCUGCAGGACUGGCAUGAGAUCAGUAAAAUUGUGUCAAACAUCCCCAAUCUGGAUUUCCUAAAUCUGAGCUCCAACCCGCUAGCAGGGAUGACCCUUGAGCCACAGUGUGCAGAAGCCUUUGCUCGGGUCCGACGCCUCGUCCUAAACAACACCCAAGUGUCCUGGGACACCGUGAUGCUGCUAACCCGUGAGAUACCUGAGCUAGAAGAAUUGUUCCUGUGCCUUAAUGAGUACAGUGGUGUAAGUGCCUCCAGUGUGGCUUGCCCCAGUCUUCGCCUGCUUCAUAUCACAGACAACAGCCUACACGACUGGGUCGAAGUCCGCAAGUUUGGAUCCAUGUUCCCCGGACUGGACACUCUGGUCAUGGCCAACAACAAUUUACAUUCCAUACAAGACAGCAAGGACAUCCUGCAACGGCUAUUCCCCAACCUUCGCAGCAUCAAUCUCCACAACUCAGGUCUUAACCGAUGGGAAGACAUCGAGAAGCUGAACUUCUUCCCUAAGCUGGAGGAGGUGCGACUACAAGGCAUCCCUUUGCUGCAGAAGUACAGCAAUGUGGAGCGUCGCAGCCUGAUGAUAGCUCAGCUUCCAUCUAUAUCGCUGUUGAAUGGCAGCGUUAUAACCGAAAGUGAGAGAGAGGACUCCGAGAGAUUUUUCAUCCGUUACUACUUGCACUGUCCUGAAGAGGAGCUGCCUCACAGAUACCAUUGUUUGGUAAACAAGUAUGGAAAGCUGGAACCACUGGCCGAAAUCGAUCUCCGGCCACGCUGCCAUGCUGAAGUGGAGGUUCAUUGCGAAGAAAAAGUGGAACAGCUAUCCAUCCGUUUGGACCAGACAGUGGCUGAGCUGAAGAAGCAGCUGACAUCAGUGGUCCAGCUGUCGACAAACAGCAUGAGGUUGUAUUACAUCGACAAAAACAGCGCUUUUGGCCCAGAAGAGCUGAAGUACAACACACGAGCUCUUCACUCGUACAAUAUCCAAGAUGGUGAUGAGAUACUUGUUGUUCCUAAGACCAAAUGAACCGUUGUGUUCCAG